AUGUUGAUGGUUGUAGCAGUGACUGGUAAUUUGGUUACUAUUAGUUUUCUUACGGAGCAUUCAUACGGAGCAUUCUCUGAUCGAGCCAUCUGUAGAGCAUCUGCUGUGGCGUACCCGACCACCGAGAAGGAGCUCUUACAAGUCGUGGCUGCAGGAACACGCGAAAGACAGAAGAUGCGCGUUGUUACACGCUUUUCUCACAGCACUACCAAGUUAGCUUGUGUCGAUGGAGAAGAUGGUAGACUUAUCAGCACCGAGCUUCUCAACCACACGUUGAAUGUUGAUAGAGAUGCCAUGACGAUCACGGUUGAGAGUGGUGUCUCACUGCGCCAGCUCAUAGGUGAUGCUGCAAAAGUCGGACUGGCGUUGAGAAUGGCGCCACACUGGUGGGGGCUAACAGUUGGUGGUAUGAUGUCUACCGGAGCCCACGGAAGUUCUUGGGAUGGGGAGCAUGGGGGAACUGCUUUUCAUGACUACGUCAUCGAGAUGCGAAUGGUAACCUCUGCUCCUCCUGAUCAAGGGUACUCCAUGGUUAGAAUUUUCAAGCAGAGCAACUUCACUGAGUUGGACGCCGCUAGAGUUUCUCUAGGCGUAUUUGGUGUUAUAUCUCAGGUGACGGUUCAGUUGGAGUUAAUGUUCAAAAGAUCAAUCAGCUAUAUGACCAUUAAGGAUAGCGAUCUUGUAGAGAUGGUUGAGAAGCACGGAAGUCGGUACGAGUUUCCUGAUAUAAUGUGGUACCCCAGCAAAGGAGAAGUCACUUACCGGAUGGAUGAUCGGGUUUCAGUGGACAUCCCUGGCAGUGGCUCAUAUGAUUCCUUACUGUUCGCAGCCAAAAACUCAAAAUUGCUGGCAUUCCAAAGAUCAAGAGAAGAAGGGCUAGAAUUGGAAAGGAACUCAGAAAAGAUUUGCACAGUGGCGGAGGGCAUUUCCGCUUACUUUAAUAGUCUAUCAUAUGGUUUGUCGAAUGAUGGUAUGAAUUAUUCUGGCUAUCCAGUGAUUGGAAACCACAGCGAUAUGAUGUCAUCAGGAGGUUGUCUGGAUAGUAAAGAAGAUGCAUUGGCCACGGCUUGUCCCUGGGACUCCCGCAUACAUGGCCAAUUUUUUCAUCAGACCACUUUCACCAUACCCCUUAGGAACGUGAAGGCAUUUAUCAGCGACAUCCAAAGUCUGGUCAAGAUCGAACCAAAGGCUUUAUGCGGACUCGAUUUAUACAAUGGUGUGUUGAUCCGGUAUGUUCAACCAUCAUUUGCAUACUUGGGCAUCGAAUUUGAGGGUAUGGAAUUCGAAUUUACAUACUAUAGAAGCAGAGACCCGUUGAUGCCUCGGAUGUAUGAAGAUUUUUUCGAGGAGAUCGAGCAGAUGGGUUUGUUCAAGUACGAGGGGCUGCCACAUUGGGGCAAGAACAGAAACGUUGCAUUUAUCAACGCCAUUGACAAGUACCAGGAUGCAGCUUUUUUCUUGAUGAUGAAGCAGAUGUUUGACCCACUAGGCCUAUUUUCAAGCAAAUGGACAGACGCAGUAUUGGGUUUGGGAGGCGACCUUACCGUAGAUACAGAAGGUUGUGCAUUGGAGGGGUUGUGCAUCUGUUCGAAAGAUGUGCAUUGUUCCCCUACCAAUGGUUACUUCUGUCGACCUGGGAAGAUCUACAAGGCAGCGCGCGUCUGUGCCCACUUAUGA